AUGGACGACGAGGAGCAUGUGCGGGUGCACGAUGCCCUGGAGGGUUUGACCGUCGACGCGGCGAACUCGAGCGGUUCGAGGUCAAGGUCGCAUAGCAUGUCCCCGGAUCAGAAGCCUCGCAGCGAUAGCGCAUCGACCCCAGACGUGAACGGCAUCCAAGCACAAAAGUCCUCGCGGAAAGCAGCCCCCAAGAUCGCACCCCGACCGCCCGCCCUUUUUGACGACGUGCCCGACGUGACCGAGGAGGCUUGUGGUCAUUUUCAGCUCAUCCCCGACUGUCUGUACGGGUCUAAAUCGCUGGGUGCGUCCGAGCACGAUGCCUUGGACUGCGAUUGUGCCGAGGAAUGGCGUGACGGCGUGAACCACGCGUGCGACGAAGAGUCCGACUGCAUCAACCGUGUCACGAAGAUGGAGUGCGUCGACCGAGAAUGCAACUGUGGCGACGGCUGUCAGAACCAGCGAUUCCAGCAGAAGAGAUAUGCCGAUGUCUCCGUCAUCAAAACCGACAAGAAAGGCUUCGGGCUGCGUGCAAACAGAGAUUUACAAGCUAACGACUUCAUCUUUGAGUAUAUUGGCGAGGUCAUCAACGAGCCGACUUUCCGACGCCGAAUGAUCCAGUAUGACCAUGAGGGCAUCAAGCAUUUCUAUUUCAUGUCACUGACAAAGCACGAGUUUGUCGAUGCGACAAAGAAGGGUAACCUCGGCCGUUUUUGCAACCACUCCUGCAAUCCCAACUGCUAUGUGGACAAGUGGGUUGUUGGCAGCAAGCUGCGCAUGGGCAUUUUUACCAGUCGCAAGGUCCAGGCUGGCGAAGAACUGGUCUUCAACUACAACGUCGACCGCUAUGGUGCUGACCCCCAGCCCUGCUACUGCGCCGAACCCAACUGCAUUGGCUUCAUUGGUGGCAAGACCCAAACCGAGCGUGCUACCAAGCUUUCCGAUGCAACGAUCGAAGCUCUUGGGAUUGACGAUGCUGAUGGCUGGGACACGGCGGUGGCCGUGGUCAAGAAACCCCGCAAGAAGCGACUGGAAGAGGACGAUGAGGACUACGUUAACAGCGUACAAGCUCGCGGCCUUGACGAGAAGGGUGUCCAAAAGGUUAUGGCUUCGCUCAUGCAGUGCAAGGAGAAAUGGAUCGCGGUCAAGCUCUUGGAGCGGAUCGAAGGUUGCGAUGAGCGCCUGCUCCCCUACGUUGUGCGAAUGCACGGAUAUGAAAUCCUCAAAACCACGCUAAACUCUUUCAAAGAUGAUCACAACGUCGUCCUCCAGGUUCUCGAUGUUUUGAAGAAAUUCCCUCGCUUGACCCGCAACAAGAUCGCUGACUCAAAGAUUGAGACGGUCAUAGAGCCUCUUGGCCAAUCCGACCACGAAGAUAUCGCAUCAGAAUCCAAGCGACUGCUCGAGGUCUGGAGCAAACUGGAAACUGGCUACCGUAUACCCCGGAAGGCCCGCAACGCACAAGGCACUGCUCUGCCUACCAACUCCUUCGAAGAACGGCGUGGUGUUCGCCAAGAACCACAACACAAAGUUGCUCAAAUUGCUUUACCAGAUAACGUUCCGAAAGGUCCUCGUAGUAGCGUUCCUCAACGCAACCUCAACCUGGUCCACCAGCAGCGGGUUCGUCGUGCUCCUGAUCCGAGCACACUACCUCUUGGCUGGUUCAUAGCCCAUGAUAACCAGGGCAAAUACUACUUUUACACCAAGGGUGGUACAGUGCAAUGGCAAAAGCCCACCACUCCGGCCCCAGAAGCCUUUCAGAAUGCUCCUUCCAGGGCCGCACAGGAACAAAGGUCACUGCAGGACAUUAUCGAUUCUCUGUCCAAGCCCAAGUCCGCGACUCAUACGCCACAACAGAUCAACACGCCGGUCCAGGAGCCCAAGAAAGAGAAGUGGCGAUCGUACCCACUCGAGAAGCAGAUGAGGAUCUACGAGAACACGCUCUUCCCUCACGUCAGAUACGUAAUGGACAAGUUCCGGCACAAGCUCCCGAAAGAUGACCUUAAGAAGUUCGGCAAAGAGAUCAACAAAAAACUGGUUUCUUCCGACUACAAGAACAAUCGUGUCGAAGAUCCCACCUCGGUAUCGAAGAAGCAGGAACACAAGAUCAAGAAAUAUGUCAAGGAGUUCUUCGACAAGGCUGUCAUCAAAUACAACGCGGCAGAGAAGAAGAAGUCCGAAAAGGGCCAAAGCGGCGCCAAUAGCUUCUCUGGUACGCCCACGGGUACGACCAAGCUCGACGACGACAUGAAAGUUGAGGAUGAUAUUAUCAUGUCCGACGAUGAGGGUAUUGAUUCAACACCGCCCGAGCAAAAGCGAAAGCGAGAUGAUGACGUUGAUAUGACACCGUCCGGUCCUUCGCCAAAACGUGUCAAGGAAGAAGAUGCGCCACCUCCGCCGCCUCCGCCCCCACCCCCUGCCGGUGAUGCUCUAGUCGAUCCACCAGUCGAUGCUGAUACAGAUACGUUGCGCCAGCAGGAGGCAGAACUUGAACGUGCUCGUGGCAAUGCCGAGGGGAGCCGGUGUAACAGCCAUGGCGGCACCGCUGAAGAGUGUCACCAGAGACCCUGA